AUAUUCAGUAACGAGUCAGUAGUCGAGGUGUCGACGUCGCGCUGAGUUGUUUUUUUUUCUUGACUCAACAUUGAUACAGUUCGUAUCUAAGUACACGUACAGUGUCGGGAAUCGCUUAUCACCGAAUCUUGUGCAAGAAAAAGUAACCUAGAAGAUCGCCCUUGUCGACGGUUUCAUCGAUCGGACCGCAAGAGAGAAAGAGAGAAGAAGGAAAAAGCAAAAAGCAAGCUAGGAAAGAUGGCAAAUUGGCAGAACAAUCCUGGUGGUGGUUUCUACCCUGGCCAACAAGGUUACCCACCCUAUCCACCAGGUGCUAAUCCAGGUUAUCCAGGAGGUAAUCCAGGCUAUCCAGGUGGUUAUCCUCCACCACCAGGUCCGGGAUUUGCUGUUCCACCUCCUACUGCCCCUUACGGACACGUUCCACCACAAGGUGGUAUGGGCGCGAUGUAUGGGACUAAUUAUGCAGAGGACCCCAUGGCCGAUGAGGUCAAGGGGUUCGCUUUUAAUGAUGUAUCUAUUAGACAAGGAUUUAUCAGGAAAGUUUACUCAAUCUUAAUGCUGCAACUUCUCAUCACGUUUGGAAUGGUAGCACUUUUUUCAUUCAAUGCUAAUGCAAAACAGUUUGCACUUCAACAUACGGAAAUUGUAUGGAUUUGCAUGAUUGUAACGUUUGUUUUACUAAUUGCCAUGGCCUGCUGUACAAAUGUUCGCCGUCAAGCUCCAAUGAACUUUAUAUUUUUAAUGAUUUUCACUAUUGCUGAAGCUGUUCUACUUGGUUUUGUUUCUUCUAUGCACGAUGAAAAAUAUGUUUUGAUGGCUGUUGGGAUAACAGUUGUAAUUUGCUUUUCCUUGACUUUGUUUGCAUUCCAAACAAAAUACGAUUUUACUGGAAUGGGUACAUACCUUUUCGUCGCUGCCAUAGUUCUUAUGAUCUUUGGAUUAAUUACCAUAUUUUACCAUGGAAAAACAGUAACUAUUGUAUAUAGUUCUUUUGGAGCUCUACUUUUCUCCUUCUAUCUCGUUUAUGACACACAAUUGAUGCUUGGAGGAAAACAUAAGUAUUCGCUAUCACCUGAAGAGUACAUUUUUGCAUCAUUAAAUUUGUAUCUAGACAUUGUGAAUAUCUUUAUCUACAUCUUAAGUAUUUUAAGCGCUAGCUCGCGAGACUAAAUGCAUAAUUAACGUUAUAAAUUUCAUAAAUCAUUGAAAUCACAAAUAUUGGAAAUCUGUUUGUGUGUAUAAAUUUACUACGUGUGUUUCUAAGUAUUCUGGUUUAAGAAAUAAUUCAAGUAUAACAUAUGACAUAUUUAUACAGCAUGAUGAGUUAUGAAAAGUUUCCUGUUAUAAUGACUUCUAUUAUUUUGAUUUUAGUUAAGUAAAAUGAAACCAUUAAGGUACUUCUUGUAUUAAUAUUUGAAUAUUGCAACGAAAAUUUUGUAUGAGAUCGUUUCAUAUUAAUACUACUUUCUUUUUUCAUUUUUUUUAUUAGUUCUGCCAAAUUUUUUGACGGAGUAGUUUUUUGAUAACUUGGAGUACAUGUAACUAUUAUAAUAAGAUUUGUAUAAUUUUACAAUAAGUUUAAUAAAUUUCUCUUCUUGUAAAGUAUUCAUUAAUUAAUACUGAUCAAACAAUCAGUAAUUGAUCAUUGAUUUGAAGUUUUUGAAAGUGAAUAUAAAUAUCUAAGUAUCUAAAAUCAUAACUACCAAUUGGAAAUAAAAAAUUAAAAAAAAAACUCAAACAAAUUUUAUCUAGUAUUUCAACUUUAAAUGUCUCAUUGUAAAAAAGUAUGAUUACAUGUUAACGAUUAUGAUUGUCUCUAGGUAAUUAAAUAAUAUGUAUAACUAGAGAGACGGUUAAUAAUAGCAUUUUACUUUGACUUUCGUUGCUUUUACUAUUCGUCAUAUUAAAUAGUAAAUUUUUCGCCAUUAACAUUACAUCAUCUUGUUAAAAAUGAAUAUGUAAUCACUUGAUUAAAUGUUGGUGUACGAUAAGAGAAAGUGUCUUAUGCUUAUGAUACUUACUGUAUGAUAUUAAGUUAAUUAUAUGGACACAUUUAUAAAAUUAAAAAAACUAUUGAAACGAC